CAGUUACACCACAACUUUAGCUUCCAAGAUGGCAGCGUCCGUGAUAGAAACAUGCCAUGUAGCUUGUAGCGCAAACAGGGCACCAAAUGUGGUUUCUUGGGGUCGCGGUGGUCUUAUAGCCUUCGGGUCGUGUAAUUCAGUGUGUCUUUACGACCCACAGGAGGGAAGAGUCGUUGGGUUGCUGAACGGACACACGGGGAGAGUAAAUGCGGUCCGGUGGGUUCACAGAACAGAGAACGCACCAGAGUGUCACCUUGUCUCAGGAGGUUCAGACAGUCGACUCAUCCUCUGGGAAGCUCAGCAUGGAAAGUUCAUCCAGUCGGUGGAGUGUAAGGGCCACACUGCUGCGGUGUGUGCCGUCGAUGCCGUUUACACGGAAGACUCCAAGGUCCUGGUGGCCUCCUCUGCUUCAGACUCCACAGUUAGGUUGUGGCUCUGUAGCGACGACAAAGACGCUGAGUGUCUCCAUAUUGUGUCAUUCGCUGGUUUCAUGAUGGCCGUGUCUCUAGCUCUGCUGCCAGGCACCAAAGUUCCUGUACUAGCCUGCGGUGGAGACGACUGUAAAGUGCAUCUGUACGCGCAGGCGAACGGACAGCUCCAGAAGGUAAUGACGCUGCAAGGACAUGAAGACUGGGUCCGAGGAGUGGAGUGGACAUCUGCAGGGGCCGAGCUGUUAUUAGCCAGCUGUUCGCAGGACUCGCUCAUCAGAGUGUGGAGGCUGUGUGCCAAAUCUGGCACAGACACCCACGCAGAAGAUGAUCACACCAUCAUCAAAAUGAAAGAGGACGUUUUUGAAGUGAAGGAUAGAGGAUUAACCUCAGUAUUUGCUGCAUCUCUGGAAACGGUUCUGGCCGGUCAUGAGAACUGGGUCUAUGGAGUCCACUGGCAUCCUCCUGUUUACAAAGGCGGUGAGCUGCAACAGCCUCUCUGCCUGCUCUCGGCUUCCAUGGACAAAACCAUGAUCAUCUGGGCUCCUGAGGAAGCAUCUGGCGUCUGGGUAGAGCAGGUGCGUGUAGGGGAGGUGGGCGGGAACACUCUGGGCUUCUAUGGCUGCCAGAUGAGUCCUGAUGGCGCCAUGAUUGUAGCCCACGCUUUUCAGGGAGCGCUACAUCUCUGGUGCAAAGAUCAUCACAACGAGGGAGAGUGGAGGCCAGGAGUUGUGGUAUCGGGUCACUUUGAUGUUGUCCAAGACCUGAGCUGGGAUCCCGAGGGUGAAUUCAUCCUCACCGUGGGCUCAGACCAAACCACCAGACUCUUCACUCCGUGGAAGAAGCAGAACAAUAAAGAGAUCACCUGGCAUGAGAUCUCCCGGCCGCAGAUCCACGGAUAUGACAUGCAGUGUCUGGCCAUGGUUGGGAGGUUUCAGUUUGUGUCAGGAGCUGAUGAGAAGGUCCUCAGAGUGUUUCAAGCUCCUCGUAACUUUGUGGAAAACUUUGCAACCAUCUCUGGGGCUUCCAAAGAAAAGCUGCUGACAACUAGCGAUGCGGCCAGCCUUCCAGAAGGAGCCAGCACACCUGCCUUGGGUCUUUCCAACAAGGCUGUAUUUCAAGGUGGCCUUGUCCCAAAAAACAACAAAGAAGAGGAGCAAUUUAACAGCAUAUCUGACCAAUACCAGGAGUCGUACUUUCAUCCGCUCAUCCUGACGGAGCCACCGCCAGAGGAUCAUCUACUCCAGAACACACUUUGGCCUGAGGUCCAGAAGCUGUAUGGUCAUGGCUUUGAAAUGUUCUGCCUUGCGUCUGAUAGCACCAGGACGUUGGUCGCAUCGGCAUGUAAGGCGUCUAAGGCCGAGCAUGCCGCAGUGCUGCUGUGGAGUACAACCACAUGGCGUCAGCUGCAGAGGUUGCAGUAUCACACGCUCACAGUCACUCAGAUGGCCUUCUCACCUGACGCACAGCUCCUAUUGGCUGUUUCUCGAGAUCGCACCUGGUCAUUAUGGAGAAGGAACCCGCCAACAUCAGAAAGUUCAGAGCCCCGGUUCUCCUUGCAGGCGCACACCGGGAAGGACACGGCCGUGCACAGUCGCAUCAUCUGGUCGUGCGAUUGGAGCCCCGACAGCAAAUACUUUGUGACGUCCAGUCGGGACAAGAAGGUGAUAGUUUGGGGUCCAUGGAGACCAGAGAGCUCUGGGGGGUCAGAGAUCAAACCGUGCUCUUCGGUUUUGGACGUGGGGGAUUCUGCCACAGCCGUAGCGUUCUGCCCCGUACUCUGCUCUGAUGACAGCCACCUGCUGGCCGUUGGCCUGGACUGUGGGCGGAUCUUGCUGUUCAGGUGGACCCCUGGGCAGGACGUUGCUGCAGGAGGUGACUGGGUCCGCUCUGGUGAAACGGACAGCUCACAGAGCCACACGUUGGCCGUCAAGCGUCUCCGCUGGAGGCCCAGAGCUGGCCGGGCAGGCGUAGGGAACAACGAGGUGGACGGACAGACCGGCAUCGAGAGAAAACUCAAAGAGGAGAGCUCCUGGGUCCAGCUAGCCAGUGCCAGCGCUGACCACUCUGUCAAAAUCUUCAGCCUCAACAAACACCACCUACAGUGACACCAUCAUGUCCACAUUGGGACUGUGUGCUGCCACAGAGGCCACAGCUGCUCUCCUCUCGUGAGCUGUUCAGUCUCUGUGACGGCCAGUCUGGUUACGGGUCAGUCAAAGGACAACAGCCGCAGCGCUAAAGCCCCGCAGUGUGUCUGCACACGGCUGAGCAGAUCUGAUGGGUGGGAGCAGGAUGGUAAAAACACCACGACCUCCGGCUGGGACUCUGCUCGGACACUUCAAAGUGUUUUAGAUUCAGAGAAGAACACCGUGUUGGAAAUCCACACCGACUGCACUCGUGCUGGUUGUUGAAAACAUUUGUGACUGAGUUCUAAAGCAAAUCACAGAAGUCACCCGUUCCCUGUCUGGUGUCAUUAACCACACAAAUGGAUUCAUUGUCACAAUAUUUUUUUUUAAUUUUUUUUUUAUUUAAAUUGAAUGAAAAACAUCACAAAUAAAAGAUGAAAUAAUUUCCCCAGAGAA